CAUACAUCAAGGGAUGACGGUAUUAUUCCAGAAUGGCGAACCUUGGACAUUGAUAUAAAACUACAUUUAAAUACCUACGAAACACACAUUUGGGGAAACACUGAUGGCGUAUCUGCGUUGAAGGUCCUUACAGCAAGAGACGGGUGCAAGAGACGGGUGCAAGAGACGGGACAAGAAAAGAUCCGAGCCGUUGAAGGAUUACAUGAAUCUAUUUGGCAACCAAACGAGCGUGUGUAAGUCGUCAAAUUUCGGCCAGUAGUUGCACCCCAAAACAAAGGCGACCCGUGGUGAGUUAAUAGCAUCGCUAGUGCUGAGAAUCGCUUCGGGAUCGUGUAAUUGCACCUCAUACCAGACUUAUUUCGCUCGUGCUUGAAGGUGAAAGGCAGCGGCCGCUUGAGUUGCCCUCGCUUGCGGCGCCUAUCCGUACCCAGCGUCGGGGAUGCGAGUUUUCUAGCUUAUUGAAUCGAGCCUGCGGUUUGUCCAUGGUGGUUAUGUCUAAACACGAGAAUCACGAAUCUAUGGAUUUGCGCAUCGCACACUAAUGUAGAAAGUGUUUAGUGCACUGAGCUUCAGAUUGUCUGUAGUAGUCUAAAUGUCACAACUGUGAAUCUGGCUGCCUGUGUAUUAAGGUUGGAGUGGUUUAUGCACUUUAUUUCUCUGCUACCACUGUGGGUUAUGUGCUUGCAUACAUCCUGAUCUCAAGCCUUUUGGUUUUUAUUAAAACUGGUUUCCCAGGGGGUGUUUUUUAUAAGCUCAGCUUGAAUAGCUCUGAGAUCACUUGCUCCAAAGACCAGAGUAACCUGUUAAAAUCUGAAAGCUGUUGGACUAAUUGACUGAAGCAUACAUGGUCUGCAUCUUCUUUAUACACUGAAUUUGGUCAUGCUUCAUCAUGCUUUUAGUCAGGCUUUCACUAUUAGAUAAUUUUUAUUUUUUUGAUUGUGUUGGGAGAUCCUUUACAGUGUCGAGUUCGUUGGUUAUGUUUAAAUAAAGUUGUUGACAUCACCACAGGGUGUUAAUUUUAAAGUGAAAGAUGAUUCAGUCUUCAGGAAUUGUUGUUCAAAUCAGUUGGCCAGACACAAAGUUGAAGCUGCAGAGAUAAUACUGCAAUAUUGACUCUCUGUGUUGCACAAGUGCUUAGUUGUUAUUACACUAUCAAACACAUGCAAUUAAAGUGAAUUUGGAGUGAUUGGGCUUAUGUGGAUGGCUCAAACAGCUUUAUCAAAUGGAGCUAUGAUGAGGAGGAACACUGUGUUGUCCCAAAUUAAACUUUGACCCCUGCAGUGGUGUCAAAGCACAAGACUCAUCUCAAGGAGUGGAAAGAGGAGAUCCAACUGAAGCUUCAUUAAUGACAUAAGCUCAAACUGAUAAAAAAAAAUCACUACAAACAACGUCUGACGGUUUGCAGCCAUGAGCAUUCGCCAUCCGACCUCCACACUGGACAGGUUGAGCAGUUUGACAUUAGGAGACUCUGAGUGCAGGUCCUCUCUUGGCCAAGAGAGGGAGACACUACCAGAUCUCCUUUCAGAGAGCACGGGUCUGGUCCAAAGGUGUGUAGUUGUGCAGAGGGACAAUUUGGGGUUUGGCUUCACUGUGUGUGGGGAGCGGAUCAAACUAGUGCAGAAUGUGCGGCCAGGUGGAGCAGCGAUCAAGGCUGGGGUUCAUGAAGGAGACAGAAUCAUUAAGGUCAAUGGUUCAUUGGUUUCUUCCAUGUCUCAUCAGGAAGUGGUAAAAAUGAUCAAAUCUGGGACAUAUGUGGCAUUGACUCUGCAGGGCCCACAUCCUUUAGCUGCAUCUGUCCCUCUUCAGCCCCUCCCUACUGACCUCUUGCCCAAUCACAGAACAGCAUUGGGAGUUGAAGCACUGCCUCCUCCACCUCCACUGACGCCACCCACAGGAAGCAGCACCCCACACAGAAUCACAGCACCCAAACCAUUACAGGACCCUGAGGUGCAAAAACAUGCCACAGAAAUCCUCAGGAAGAUGUUAGAACAGGAGGAGGCGGAGCUACAGAACCUACUAGAGGAACAGUUUCGAAAUCCUUCCUCUUCCUUAGAGGAGCGAAUAGGAAGUGCCAAACGGAGAGCCAAUCAAGUCAGAGUAAAAAUUCAGCAAGAUGUGCAUGGAACACGAUCAGAAGCUAUUGCCAACUAUUUCACUGCUGGAGAAGGUCGGUUAUCAGUGGACUCCAGUGAAGGAGAUGUUGAGGCAUGUGAAAGUCCCUUCUCCUCUCCCUCCACCUUCCUGCAGAAUCCUCUGCAACACAGGCAGGGAUCUGACAUAAACACCUCUGAUUUGGGAGGAAAAGCACAGAUCAUUGGACCAGAAGAAGAAGAGGAGGAUGAUUAUGAGUACACAAUCAAUGAGAUGCACGGGCUGUUCCAGGACAUUGAGCUGCUAAAAAGUCGUCCGGCAUACAUGACCGUGUUCAUAAGAUAUGUUUUUAGUCAACAACUUGAUCCCAACCCACUGCUGUUUUAUCUGUCUGUGGAGGCAUACCUGAGCUCAAGUCCAAAAGACGCCCGUUCACUCGCCUCUCAGAUCUGCUCCCACUUCCUGGACCAUGAUGCUCCUCUGAAGAUUGAAGUCAGAGAGGAGUUUCUGACUGAUAUAGAGUGUCGACUCCAUGCUCAGGAGGACAUUCGUGGGUCUCUGUCUGAAUUACAGCAGCAAAUGCUUCCAGAUAUUCAAGACCAACUUCAAGACUACAGGAAUAAGCAGAUGAUGGGUCUGGGCUCUCUGUUUGGAGAGAGCGAACUACAGCAGUUAGAUGGAGACCCUGUGAAAGAGAGACAGGUGGUGGACAAGCAGGUCAUCGCACUCUGGGAAGUCCUUUCAAAACAUGAUGAGGAUAGAAGUUCUCCAUUAGCGUCUGCUGUUCAUCUGUAUCUCAGACACUCAGGCAUUAAGCUCAGAGACUCUAAAGUCUUUCCUGGCUUGAUAUCGGAGAAGGAGAAGUGGCUUCCGUUUUUUCCCAAAACUAAAAAGUCAAGCAGCGCAAAAAGAGAGAAGGAUGGAGAAGAUAAGAAAAGAAAUCCCAUUCUAAAAUACAUUGGGAAGCCCAAGAGCACAUCUCAGUCCACAUUCCAUGUUCCAUUGUCCCCCACUGAAGUUCGUCCUGGCAGUGUGCAAAACAUCAUUCAGCAGUUUGAGAAUCAUUCAGACUCUGUUGAGGACAGAGAGACAGAUGGACAGAGUUUGUCUUCCAACAGCUUCAGAGAGGACAGUAUGGACAGUCCGACCAUAUCAAUGCGUUUGGCUCGUAGCGAGUCCUUGAAAGCUCACGGGGAGGGGCGACGACAUGAAGGUGGAACAGGGGUGGAGUCUGUCCCCCGUUCCCGUAGCGAUGUGGAUAUGGAAGACUUUGAGGAGAGGGAGGGACCAGGGCUGAGGCCACUACAUCACAGCACCUCUUCUUCAGUGUCCAGCAGCUCAGCACGAUCAUUUGAGAACCCAACACCACCAUACACUCCUCGCUCCCGACGCAGGAGCGUGGACUCUCCGGUACCUCUGUUGCCAGAUGCUCCUGCUCUGGAGGAGGACGUUAUCGACUCUCACAACUGGCAGGAGACAGUGGAGCCGCACAUUUUGAUGUCACUGAGCUCACGAGAGAUCGACAGACAAGCUGUCAUCUACGAGCUGUUCACCACAGAGGCGUCACACUUGCGGACUCUCAGGGUUCUAGAUCAGGUGUUCUUCCAGAAGAUGCAGAAUGUUCUCAGCCCAGAGGAACUCUCUUGUAUCUUCCUGAACCUGCGUCAGGUCUACGAACUACACGCAAGCUUAUGUGAGUCCAUGAGGAAGCGCAGGGAAUCAGUGAUCGUUCAUGGCAUCGGUGACAUAAUGCUGGCCAGAUUUGAGGAUGAGGCCGGUGAUCAGUUUCAAGACCAGGUGUCUCAUCUGUGCAGUCAGCAGAGUCAAGCAUUGGAGCUCAUCAGAAGCAAACAGCGCAAAGACCCCCGAUUCGCUCACCUUAUACAGGAGUGUGAGGCCAGUCCUCACUGUCGCAGACUACAGCUGAAGGAUCUGUUGGUGUCUGAGAUGCAGAGAUUGACUAAAUAUCCACUGCUGCUGGACAACAUCAUCAAACACACAGAGGUGGGUUCUGCGGACCUGCAGUUGCUGCAGAGAGCUCAGGUCUGCUGCCGCGGGAUACUGCAAGCCGUCAACGAAGUGGUAAGGGAGACAGAGCACCGGCAUCGCCUCAGCCAAUACCAGCGCAGGCUGGACCUGACACCCCUGGAGAGACAGACCAAUCUCGUUGCAGCACAGUUUAAGAAUCUGAAUCUCACCACCAAGAGAAUGAUCCAUGAGGGGCCGCUCACGUGGAAAGUCAGCAAAGACAAAGCAAUCGAGAUCCAGGCACUCUUGCUCUCAGAUCUGUUAGUGCUGCUUCAAAGGGGUCCAGAUGACCGGCUCAUCCUGCGGUGUCCAUCACGAGUCGGAGGUGGGGCUACAGACCUCAAUGCUCCUUUCUGUCCUGUCGUCCGUCUCGACUCGUUGCUCAUUCGAUCAGUCGCUACAGACAGUAAAGCGCUUUAUGUGAUCAGUACAUCAGAGAGUCAGAUCUAUGAGCUGGUGGCCGGGACAUCCUCGGAGAAGAACACUUGGAAAGACCUGCUUGAAAAGACAAUCGCUUUAGCCACUCAAGGGGCAGGCGAAGUCAAACAAGGAUCGCUAGCGCCGUCAUCAGGUGGGAGUUCAUCUGCCAAUCAAUUACAUAUAUCACUGUCAGAGGAGUCUGUGUCUCUGGAGAAGGACUCGGCUGAUGAUGAUGAGGAUGAAUGUGCUCUCACACCUACCACACCAACAGACGAGUCAGAAGUAUGUAAUGAUGAGGACAAGGAUGUCUACCUAGAAGCAAAAGCUGGUGUUGCAGAAGCUGCUCUUCAAGAUGUGGAGAACCUCAGACAGCUGAUCUUCAGGGAUGUUGAGGAUGGAUGGAGUCAAGAUUCAGAUGACACACCCACAAAUGAGACGGCCAAUGAAAGAAAUUAUUUUUCUGACAGAGUGGAGCCAGAGGUUUCUGAACUUGCCCCUAGUGAGAGACCCAGUCAGUGGGUGGAGGAACAUGUUGAGGUGGUGCAACCUACUGUUCAGGUUGUGAGGAAAGUUGUGGGUGCGGGUUCUUAUAUACCUGAAGACAUCACUGAUGAUGUCACCUCCUACCAAUCCUCUAUGGAGAAAGGAAACAUGUUUUUUCUGGUCAUGCACAACCAAAAUAGUGCUCUCACAGACGAGAGCAGCACAGAUGCAAUUGAAGACUCGGACACAUCUCAGAACCACCAUCAGACUCCGAGCGUGUUCUUAUCAUCCUUUAUUGGUGAAGAAGAACAACAAGAGACUCCCUGCCUGUCUCCAACAGACCAAUCACUGACUGAGAGCCUGAGUCAAGAGGAGGGGCUUGGCCAAUCACAAGCUAACAGCCAGCGGCACGUGAUCAAGAAUGUGGACGAGAUCUUCCACACGAUUGAAGAGCUGAUGAGGAAACUUCAGCACCUUAGGGACAUUGAAGCAGACCACUACAAACUUCUGAAGAAAUUAAGGAAGCCUCUUUCUGUUGAUAAAGCGUCAAGUGAACUCUUCCACAAGUCUCCCACAGCAGCCGGAAUACCGUCAAUGGGCCGUGGAGCAGGCGAUGGCAAGGAGGGUGUCUCGGAAGAACCAUCUCAACCAGAAAUCCAGUCUACUGGAUUCUGACAUUUUACACUGGACCUGUUCAUUUUUCUCUCACGCACAAACACAUGUAUGCUCUGCACUGAUAAUGUAGUCCCUUCCCAGCAUGCCUUGCUCCUGGAAGCAUAAUGUGUGGUGUUUGUAACUCAAUAAUUCGGGACUUAAAAUAGGGCAGACGACACUUCGGCCUACAUCCAGAAAGAAAGAAAAGAUGAAGAAAGAUAAAAGGAGGGAAGAGAAGAUUCAAGUGGAUUCUAGUAACGCAUUUGAGAGAAAAUUAAAUGUUAUUGAUGAGAACGUAGUUGUGAAGUGAUGAACAGAACAGGAAGUGAAAAGAAAGUGGAAUAAUGGAAUGUAAAAUAGUGUGGCUGAAGACAUGACUCUGCCCUUUGAAGGAAAUCCUAGCACUUUACCUGCUGCUAUACAUGCUUCUCAUCCAUUCAGCUAAUCAGGACACUCGGAAAUCCAAACAGGCACCAUUUUGGUUCGAAUAUAUCAUGAGCCAUAUCAACAAUACUCAAGAUGGCGGUGUCGACCAUUGCUGUGGAGCUGUAUGUGGAUGGUACGGCUUUGACAAAUCCAGGUUCUUUUUCACUGUGGAAAAUAUGGGGUGCAAUUAAGGAUAUAUCACAAAUAUCUUUAAUUUUGAGGCUUAUAUUUCAUAGAAUAACACUAUGCGAAAGAAGGAAAAAGAAAAGAUUUAUCUUGAAGUCUUUUAAUAAUGUGCUUUGGAAAAAGUCCACAAAUGUUUGUUGUGUCUACACACAGUGUUUCCUGCUGACGGCUCAUAACUGCACUGACUCCGGUUUGUACAGAAAAAGUGUAUUUAUGAAAUCUGUUGUCUGGCAUGGUCACAUGACCAUCAAGCUGACAUAUCAUUUUACGUGUAAAUAAUGUAAACUUUUGUCCCUCUCUGUUUGUCGUAGUUCAGUUGUAGCUCUCAACGGAUGCUCGAAGCACAAAUGAAGGGAUCUGGAACUCCAAUUCAAAAACCGUAACGGAAAUGCGUUAUCUUUAUAUAAGCGUUUGGCAUGUAAAGCUAACCUACGAAAGGAUGACAGUUACCUCACACAAGCUUUUUUAUUUAUUUUUUUAUUAUUGUUUUCUUACAUUUUUUUGUGUGACUGAGAUAUGUUUGAAUGGAUAACUACUUUAAAACUCAGGUGGAGAAAUGUAAACCUGAUCUCAUUUUUAGCUUUAAUGCCCUUUUUCCACUAUGUUUUUAACCAUUAUAUUUUCACUGGCUGUAUGCUUACCCUUUAAACUUGUCUUAUCUUUAUUCCCUCAUUCCUCCAUUGUUCCAUGUUUAUUCAUAUUCUGUCAACAACUCACAGAUUUGUAGAAGUAUGCUGCACAGUGAUAUUCAUACUCGUGCUAACUACUGUACGUAAAAAAAUGUUUAUUGACAUUCACUCAUGUAAUAUAGAGUUUACAGUCUGUUUUAUGUUAAUUUACUGUAAAGCUCUAGUUAUUUCUUUAAUUUUAUUUUUGUAGACAAACAAAAGAUGUGUAAAUUAUUUUCUUUAUUGUGAGAUUGUUAGAUGCACAGAAGGAAAAUGAGAAACUCAUGUUAAAAAAAAAUAUUUGUUUUGUGAAAUUAAAGAUGUAAAAUAAAUGUGUAUUUUUUAUUUUUUUUUAGUUUAGGAAAAUCUCUUUUCAUACAAUUUAUCAAAUUUCAGUCGAAUUUGAUGUAUCUAACAAAAAAUGAAAAGCUUCUUUGAAACUGAAUAUGGGCAUUGUGGAGAUGAUGCUUGCUUUAUAAAACUGAAUGGAAUCAUGAAAUUGUAUGUCUUUCACAAUUUUAAGUUACAUGAGCACUUUUUCAAUGAGUAAGAGCAAAAAGCAUUUAUUAAGCAAUUCAGAAGCUUGAGG